CCGCUCCCGAUCCCGAUCCCGGUCCCGAUCCCGAUCCCGGUCCCCAUCAUGGUGCUGGACCUCGACCUGUUCCGCGCCGACAAGGGCGGGGACCCCGACAUGGUGCGGGAGAUGCAGCGCAAGCGCUUCAAGGACCCGGCGCUGGUGGACGCGCUGGUGCGCGCGGACGGAGCCUGGAGGAGGUGCAGGUUUCGUGCCGACAACCUGAACAAGCUGAAGAACCUUUGCAGCAAAACCAUCGGGGACAAGAUGAAGAGGAAGGAGCCGGUGGGGACGGACGAGUCGGUCCCGGAGAGCGCCCGGAACCUGGAGGGGCUCACGGCUGAGGUGCUGGGGGCCCUGCAGGUGUCCCAGAUCAAGCAGGUCCGGCUGCUCAUCGACGAGGCCAUCCAGGAAUGUGACUCGGAGCGGCUCCGGCUCGAGGCCGAACGGUUCGAGAGCCUGCGGGAGAUCGGCAACCUCCUGCACCCCUCCGUGCCCAUCAGCAACGACGAGGAUGUGGACAACAAGGUGGAGCGGGUGUGGGGCGACUGCAGCUGCAGGAAGAAGUAUUCCCACGUGGAUCUGGUGGUGAUGGUGGACGGCUUCGAGGGCGAGAAGGGGGCGGUGGUGGCCGGGAGCCGCGGCUACUUCCUCAAGGGUCCCCUGGUGUUCCUGGAGCAGGCCCUGAUCCAGUACGCCCUGCGGAGCCUGCGGGCCCGGGGCUACACCCCCGUCUACCCCCCCUUCUUCAUGCGCAAGGAGGUCAUGCAGGAGGUGGCCCAGCUCAGCCAGUUCGAUGAGGAGCUCUACAAGGUGAUCGGGAAGGGCAGCGAGCGUGCCGAGGACAGCUCCGUGGAGGAGAAGUACCUGAUCGCCACGUCGGAGCAGCCCAUCGCCGCCCUGCACCGCGACGAGUGGCUGCGCCCCGAGCAGCUGCCCCUGCGCUACGCCGGCAUCAGCACCUGCUUCCGGCAGGAGGUCGGGUCCCACGGCCGCGACACGCGCGGCAUCUUCCGCGUCCACCAGUUCGAGAAGAUCGAGCAGUUCGUUUACUCCUCCCCCCACGACAACAAGUCCUGGGAGCUGUUUGAGGAGAUGAUUUCCACGGCCGAGGAAUUCUACCAGUCCCUGGGAAUCCCCUACCACAUCGUCAACAUCGUCUCAGGCUCCCUGAACCACGCAGCCAGCAAGAAGCUGGAUCUCGAGGCCUGGUUCCCCGGCUCCGGAGCCUUCCGGGAGCUCGUGUCCUGCUCCAACUGCACCGACUACCAGGCCCGGCGGCUGCGGAUCCGCUACGGCCAGACCCGCAAAAUGAUGGACAAGGUGGAGUUCGUGCACAUGCUGAACGCCACCAUGUGUGCCACCACCCGCACCAUCUGCGCCAUCCUGGAGAACCACCAGACCCCCGAGGGCAUCCUGGUGCCCGAGAGGCUGCGCGAAUUCAUGCCCCCAGGUAACCCCCUGAGACCCUGUCCUGGGAUUUCUUACCCCUGA